CCUGGCUGGAGUACGCGUGCGCUUGCUCAGCUCCCGGGCGAGCGCGAGCUCGGGCUCGCACCCCGCUCUCCGAACCCCGCCCGCUCCAUACCUACCGGCGGUAGCUGGCCCGGUGGGCUCGCGGGGAGACGCUCGCGCGCGCACGCGCACACGCCGCGGAGCGGAGCGCGAGACACCGAGGAGGGGAGUAAGUAGCAUCGGAGGAGGCGUUAGAGGAGGAGGCGGUGUGUGCGUAUGUGUAUGUUCUAUGGUGUGGCUCAUCGAGGGGCGAACGGAGGCUUGGAAGAGGACGGAGGAGAAGCGCAAAGAGUCAGAGUCUCCAUCUGCUAGAACCUCUAAUCUGGUUACUAUGGAAACAUGACCACAUAAAAAGGAAGUCCAUUCUGAUAAUUCUGAUACCUGAGAUGUAACUGGUCUGAAGGGUAGAACAGGGAAAUUUUUAGUGCCAACCUUAAUUACAAUGGCUACUGAUUCAGGGGAGCCAGCUAGCACAGAAGAUUCUGAGAAACCUGAUGGAGUUUCACUGGAAAACAGAGUUCAUCAGAUGGCAGCCACUUUGACAGUGGAAGCUAGACUGAAGGAAAAUGACAGUACCAUCUCUGCUGGGGGGGAAACUGUCGAAAGGAAGAGAUUCUUCCGAAAGAGUGUUGAUGACAAAGUUAUUGAUUCUUCCUCCAAAGAUGAGAGAACGAAGGCUACAACAGAGAUUCCAGGCGGAGAAAAGCUUCCUGCAAAUGUGCUAAGAGGUGAAAAAGAAGUCAAAUUCUCACAAUGUUCAAAGGCAACUUCCGAAUCCUCCAAAGAUUGUCUCAAGGAGAAAAAUGAGAAGGAAAUGGAAGAAGAAGCGGAAAUGAAGGCUGUAGCUACUUCUCCUAGUGGCAGGUUCCUGAAAUUCGACAUAGAGCUGGGAAGAGGAGCCUUUAAAACAGUGUAUAAAGGACUGGACACUGAAACAUGGGUUGAGGUUGCUUGGUGUGAGUUGCAGGAUCGGAAAUUAACCAAAGCUGAGCAGCAAAGAUUUAAGGAAGAAGCAGAGAUGUUAAAGGGUCUCCAACAUCCCAAUAUAGUUCGAUUUUAUGAUUCCUGGGAGUCUACAUUGAAAGGAAAGAAAUGCAUUGUAUUGGUGACUGAACUUAUGACAUCAGGAACAUUAAAGACGUACUUAAAACGAUUUAAAGUCAUGAAACCAAAGGUCCUAAGGAGCUGGUGCAGGCAAAUUUUAAAGGGGUUGCAGUUCUUGCACACUAGGACUCCUCCUAUUAUUCACCGGGAUCUCAAGUGUGACAAUAUUUUCAUCACGGGACCUACUGGAUCUGUGAAGAUUGGUGAUCUAGGCCUCGCUACCUUAAUGCGCACAUCAUUUGCUAAGAGUGUCAUUGGGACUCCUGAGUUUAUGGCCCCAGAGAUGUAUGAAGAGCACUAUGAUGAAUCUGUAGAUGUCUAUGCUUUUGGAAUGUGUAUGCUGGAAAUGGCUACUUCGGAGUACCCUUAUUCUGAGUGCCAAAAUGCAGCUCAAAUAUACCGUAAAGUAACUAGUGGCAUAAAACCAGCCAGUUUCAAUAAAGUCACUGAUCCUGAAGUGAAAGAAAUCAUCGAAGGUUGUAUUCGUCAAAACAAAUCUGAAAGGUUGUCUAUCAAGAACCUACUAAACCACGCAUUUUUUGCUGAGGAUACAGGACUGAGGGUGGAGUUAGCAGAGGAAGAUGAUUGUUCAAAUUCAUCUCUGGCUUUACGACUCUGGGUUGAAGACCCUAAAAAAUUGAAAGGCAAGCACAAAGACAAUGAAGCUAUUGAAUUCAGUUUCAAUUUAGAAAAAGAUACCCCUGAGGAAGUAGCCUAUGAAAUGGUCAAGUCAGGAUUCUUCCAUGAAAGUGAUUCCAAAGCUGUUGCUAAGUCCAUUAGAGACCGGGUGACCCUGAUAAAGAAGACAAGAGAGAAGAAGCCAGCUGGCUCUUUAGAAGAACGCAGGGAUUCGCAGUGCAAGUCUGUGGGGAGUGUUCUCCCUCCACCCCAGAAUACAACUCUGCCCCCUGCUCCUGCUCAGCACACCGCGGCUGAGUGUGAAGAAACUGAAGUCGAACAACAAGUUCGACAACAGCUUCUACAAAGAAAACCACAGCAGCAAUGUUCCUCUGUUACAGGUGACAGUUUAUCCGAGUCCGGAGCUGGAUCAGUUACACACUCAGAUGCAAGUCAGCCCAGCACAGGCUAUUCCUCGGACCAGGUGAUGGGCUCUCAAAUGGUUUCUAGCAUCCCACAGGCCGAAAUGAAUGUUCCAGGGAAGAUUUAUCCACCCCAGCAGCUAGUAGGACAUUACCAGCAGAUUUCAGGGAAGCAGCCACAGCUGGCUCAGCCCCAGAUUUUGCCUUUGGCUCAAGGUCAGUCCACUGUUUUGCCUGUACAUGUCCUUGGACCACCAGUCUCACAACCCCUGGUGUCCCCAUUAACUGUCCAGAAGGUCUCGCAGACAAAGCCUGUAUCCCAACCAGCUGCAGUUGAACAACAAGCAGUGCUUCUAAAACCAGAUUUAGUUAGAAGUUUGCAGCAUGAUGUGGCAGCCGUGAAGGAAAACAACAACACCCCUGAUAACCCAAGUGGAAAUGGCAAACAGGAUCGGAUCAAACAGAGAAGAGUGUCCUGUCCUCGACCAGAGAAGGCGACCAAGUUCCAGCUUACUGUCCUGCAGGUGUCAACCUCUGGAGACAACAUGGUAGAGUGUCAGCUGGAGACACACAAUAACAAGAUGGUCACCUUCAAGUUUGAUGUUGAUGGUGAUGCACCCGAGGAUAUUGCAGACUAUAUGGUUGAAGAUAACUUUGUGCUGGAUAGUGAGAAAGAAAAAUUUGUAGAAGAAUUGAGGGCUAUUGUAGGUCAAGCCCAGGAGAUUCUACAUGUCCACUGUGCUGCAGAAAGAGCCACUGGAGUUGACUCUGUCGCUGUAGAACCCAACAGUGGCCAAACAGGGUCAUCUGAACAAGCACAGAUAAAUUCUGCAUCCACUCAAACCAGCAAUGAAUCUGCUCCUCAGUCAUCCCCAGUUGGUCGGUGGCGAUUCUGUAUCAAUCAAACGAUAAGAAACCGUGAGGCUCAAUCUCCUCCUUCUCUUCAACAGUCCAUAUCUACAGUGCCUGGGCUAUAUCCACUUUCUAGUCCAAGCAAAACAAAUAAUAAGGAAAUGUCACAGGACACACUGCUCACUCUAGAAAAUAAUCCAUGCCAGCAUGCACUUUUCACCUCCCAGUCAGAACACAAGGAUGUGGCUGAUGGUAAGAUUUCUGAAUGUGCCAGUGUAGAAACUCAGCAGUCAGCUGUACUUUAUCAAGUGGAAGAUGACAGGCAGAGAAUGGCACCAGUUGUUAGUAGCUCCGCUUACACUGCUACUUCAGUUCGUACAGUUCCAGUGAAAUGUGAGGGACCCACCAACCAAGCAGGGACAUUUCUACCUGUGCUUCCCUGUCACCAAGCUGCCACUCAGGCUAAUGUACUUACGGCACCUUCUGGCGAGUCAACUCAGAUUGCUGGUAACUCUCUUAAAACUUCAGCAUUUAUUUCUGAUCAAAGGCCUCAAUCCUUAUCAGUGCAGCAACCAACUGUGGAUGCAGAGUUUAUUUCCCAAGAAGGAGAGAAAACCACAGUGAACACUGAAGCAAGUUCUCCUAAGAAGGUCAUCCCCACUCAGACCCCCGGCCUUGAACCGUCUGCCCUUCUACCUACUACUGUCCUGGAAUCAGAUGGGGAAAGACCUCCAAAAAUGGAGUUUGCAGAUAACCGAAUUAAAACUCUAGAUGAAAAACUAAGAAACUUGCUCUAUCAGGAGCAUAGCAUGACUAGCAUCUACCCUGACAGCCAGAAGGACACCCAAAGCAUAGACUCUCCAUUUUCUUCCUGUGCUGAAGAUACACUCUCGUGUCCAGUGCCAGAAGUCAUAGCCAUCAGUCACUGUGGAAUUCAAGACAGUCCUGCACAGUCCCCCAGUUUUCAGCAGACAGGCUCUAAGGUUCUGUCCAAUGUGGCUGCCAGUCAGCCUGCUAACGUGUCAGUGUUCAAAAGGGACCUGAAUGUGAUUACUUCUGUGCCCAGCGAAUUAUGUUUACAUGAGAUGUCCCCAGAUGCCUCACUUCCAGGGGAUCCAGAGGCCCAUCCUGCUGCUGUGCCAAGCGGUGGAGCCACUCGUCUGCACACAGGAGUGGAAACAGAUGAUGUGAUAUCCACAGUUGCUCCUGAUCCCAUUUCUCUGGCAGUAGAGUCCACAGCUAAUAGCAGGCCUUUGAGUAGAUGCAAAUUGAUGAGUGGAUCCUUUCAGCGGGGACGGUUCCAGGUGAUUACAAUCCCUCAGCAGCAGGCCGAGAAAGUGACAUGCACUGGAAUACAACACGGGUCAGCCUUCAAUAACAUGCCAAGCCAUUCUAGUGAGGAAGCUCCAGCCUUCACUGAAACAGCCAAGGCUCAGGUAGUAGAACUAGAACCUGCCAUGCACAGUCCAGAGACUGUAUUUUCUCCUCAGAACCUAGAAGCUCUUCAUGAAACCUUUCAGGAAGUUAAACCAAUUCCUAAACCAGGAGACAGCUCAUCUUUCAGCACAGCUGGUGAGACUGAUGGAUCUUCUAUAACCCCGGAAAAAGAAUUGGAAGAAAACUCAGCUACAGGAAAUAGCAUGCAGUCUGGCUCUGAACUGCCUCUCAAAGGGAGAGAGAGACUUACUGUUGAGAAACAGCUUUGCUCUGAUGGUGAAUUUUCAGCCACUCUUACUGACACAGGGAACUCUGUGGCAGAGAGUCAUCCAGAGAGCGAUCAGUGCUUACCACUCCAAGCAGAAAAAACCUGUGCUGAGACAGAGAACUCGGUCUUCUAUUCACCAUCUUCCCCAAUGAGCAGUGAUGAUGAAUCCGAAAUAGAGGAUGAGGACUUGAAGGUGGAGCUUCAAAAAUUACGAGAAAAACAUAUUCAGGAGGUAAUAAAUCUUCAAACCCAGCAGAAUAAGGAGCUUCAGGAUCUCUAUGAUCGCCUCCGGGCAAUUAAAGAUAGCAAACAUCAGUCAUCUGUGGUUUCUCUGCCAUCCGCAUCCCCAUCGCGUCGACCAAGAUCUUUAAGAAGCAAACUUCGAAGCCGCCCCCAGUCCUUGACACAGGUGGACAGUGAUUCAGCUGCUACAGAUCCACUGUGUGCGGAGAGUAAUACAGCAUCAAGCCAGCAAUCUCCAGCUAGUAAAAAAGGGAUGUUCACAGAUGACUUACACAAAUUGGUAGAUGACUGGACAAAGGAAACAGUUGGAAAUUCUCUUAUUAAGCCAAGUUUAAACCAACUUAAACAGAGUCAACACAAAUUAGAGACUGACAACUGGAACAAAGUACAUGAAAAUGCUCCAUCUGCUCUGGGCUACACACCAACAUGGAUUUCUUCUCUGCCCCAAAUCCGUGGAGCUGUUCCCACCUCCUCACCACAAGGACUCCCACUCCCUUCGUUUCCGGGGCCAUUACCAUCAUAUGGAGUGUCCCAUGUCUGUCAGUAUAAUGCUGUGGGGGGGCCCGGUUAUCCAGUACAGUGGGUAGGAAUUCCCGGACCAGCUCAACAGCCUGUGGUCAUACCUACCCAACCAGGGCCACCGUUCCAGCCAGGAAUGAAUUUGCCUGCGUUUUCAUCGUCCUCAGUGCAGAAUCCAUCCACGAACCCUCCGGGUCCCAAAUGAAUCAGAGUAAAUGAUGAAUGAAGAAAAGGGAGCUUUUCUUCAGAGUUAUUUCCGGGACACCUAAGAUAUUAAACUUUCUUCUUCUUGGGUUCUGCCAUCUUUUCCUCUUUUGAGUUUACUUUCCACUGUAUUUUUGGGGGUUCCGAUGUAGUCUUUGAUAUAGCUCGUCAUUCUGUAGAACUGUGCAGUUUGUACAUAGAACACUGCGCACAGAAAUGUUUUUCACUUCAAAUCCUAUCCUCUUUGAUACUUGAUUUUUUAAAAAUACUCUUCAGAAUGCUUUAAAUGAGCUCGGCUUGAGCAUUACCAUUUCCAGGACACUUACCAUGAAUUGCUGAAAAGCCUCCAUUUUUUUACUGCUGCCAACCGCAGCUGGAUGAUACUUUUCUUUAAAAUGUAUAAAUACUGUUUAAAUUGAUAUUCCCCCCAUGUGGACAGAGUGAGAUCCUCCGACAACCGGAGUCUUGUGGGAUUCUUCACAUGUUUGUCUUAGGUUUACCUCUCCCAGAAGGCAGGGUAAUGCUGCAGGAAAUGUUUUGGUGUAUAAAAUUAGAAUAACUUUUGUCAACUAAUAUAGAACAUGAGCCCUUUUUAAUGUGAUUUUCUUCCCGUCUUCACAGCUGUAGGAGUGAAGCCUUGUUCUAGGUGAGGCGGAAAGAAAGGAUAAAAACAGAACUGUAACAGUUCCUUGAUUCUGCAGAUAAUGUAGCUGUUUUAGGAUUUCCAUAGUAAUUCAAAGCAGCUGUCUCCUUGUUUCUCAUGUGCACACUGCGUUGUUUUUGAGCAUCUGAGAGGCAUUGGUUUGGCUUGCAUUCUUUUGCAAGGGAUAUAUUGCAGCUGAUAUGAAUCUCAUUUGGGGGGAAUCUUUGUAUUCCUGACAAAGAGGAUUCAAGUCACACCUCUAUUGACCCAUUCUUCCGACGUGAAAUUUACUUGACACAGUAGGUUUUGUAGGUUUCAAGACUUACACAUGAAACACUGGCUUUACAGGGUUCUAAGAGAUGUGGGGUAUACACUGUCCUGCAGUGAAAUAGUAGAUCCUCGAAGUAUACUAUUUAAUUGCCCUUAGCUUUUUUUUAUUGCCUUUUUUUUAGUUGUUAUAAUUUCUACUUAGUAUCUAUAGCCUCUUGUUUUUAGAUCUUAGAUUAUUUUUGCAUCCUCUUUAGAAUCUGCGAGAGGUCACUGUCAAGUUGCACUUUACUGGGUUUUAUCCAGUUUAAGGAGGAGGGGAGGCAAUGUCAAAAUAUACACUUUUGGUUUUCAAAGAAGGUUAACUAUAAUCAUCUUAAAAAGCUGGUCACAGAGUUACCUAAUACUCAGUCUGUGAAACCCGAGUCAAAAUUCGUAAAUGGUAUUUACCCACCGCCACAUACACAUGUUUAAAAUACUUUUCACUCUUGACAAUUUCAAGGUGGUGUCUAGUGCACAUUUACCUUAAGAACAAGUUCUGUCUACUGGUAAACAUUCUAAAUUAUCACCCAAUAUUUCUGUUAACAGAUUUUCUUCCAUAUUCCACUACAAAUUUUAGCCCAUGAGCCUGCCAGGUAAUGAAGCAAACUUAAUGGGUGUACUUUUUUUUUUUUUGCACCGUUUACUUUGUGACAUUCAGUGCCCUUUCUAAAUAGAUAUAUGUCUUAUACUGCUUACCUGAGGAUUGCCCUCACCAUUGUGAAGAUUCUGUCACUAUCAUUUGGGGCAUAUAGGGUAGCAUUUUGAGAAUUGCUGUUGGUAAAAGCCAAAGUUUCUUUUCAUAUGACAUGCUAGUUUGGAUGAGUCUUCCUAAAUCUUAUGUACAAAUUCUUCAAAUUCCUUACACAGUAUUGCUUUGCGAGUUGAAGUGAUUUUAGGACAGUAGUGUAAUGCAAAUGCUUGCAUUGUAGUGUUUACCAUGUAUACAAAAACAAUGUGCCUAAAAUUUGUAAUUCUUUCAAACUGCUCGUGUUUCAUUAGAUGAUUUGGAUUUGUGUGAUUGCAUUGAGGCUUAUAACUUAGAACAGCGGUCGCCAACCUUUCAGACCUCGUGGACCACUGGUUAGUGAUCCAGAAAGUGAAAAUACUGCAGGUUUUAAGGUCCCUUCUUCUCUAGUCAAAAUCCUUUUUUUUUCUUUUUUUUUUUUCUUGUUAAAAAUUGAUUUUUGGAGGGAGGAAGGGAGAAAGAGAGAUGGAGAGUGACAGACAUCUAUGGUCUGCCUCCUGUAUGCACCCUGACUGCAGAUGGAACCCGGGUAUGUGCCCUGACCGGGACUCAAACCUGCCACCUUUCAGGGUCCAGGACAGCUCUCCAACCAACUGAGCCACACUAGCCAGGGCUCUAGUCACAAUUCUUUUAAACAGUGUACCUACCCCAAGAUGAAAAAAGCUCCAUGGAUAAUAUGCACAAUUACAUUUACUAAUGGCUGCUCUAUAUCACAUGCCCCACGUUUUGCCACCACCUCUGUUUUAUGUCUGAUUCAUCAUUUGUUUGCCUGCAGACUUUUGCAGUGCCUUGUAGUAUUUAGAGUCUUUUCAGAUUUUUUGCUGGAAAGAAAAGUAGUCUUCUAAAGUUUGAAGAUGGUGAAUAGUGUACUGCCGAGUCCAUGCUGACUGCAGUGGUUGGGUUAACAUAUAUGUUAUGUAUACAUUGUGUAUAUGUAACGUGUGUGUAAGUUUAAAAAUGCAAAAAAAGUGACUUUGUGUGGAAAUGAAGAAAACAGUGUUAUUCACGUCACUGUGGGGUUUUUAUUUAUUUUUUCCAUUACUUAAAUGUUUGAUUCAGCUUAUAGUCACUUUGACUGUAAAUAUUGGCUAGUUUUCUAUAUAGGGAUUUUGCAUUAUUUCCUAACUUUUUGCUAAAUCAUAUAAUAGUGCUGUUUGCAUCCUUGCUGAGGUACUUUUCCAACCCAGAAAUAAUUAAUUCUUGAGGUAAAGCUCAGAAAUUCCCUUCUUACUUAACCAAGAGCCUACUGUAUAACAAGGGCCUUCUACCCACUUCCCAAAAACAAACUGUCCUUUUCAUUUUCCUUCUUGUGGGAGAGAAAAGGGUUGUAUUAUGUCAUCUGCUUGUACCGUUUCUUUGGGGGGUAGUCUGAAUGUCCAGCCACCAUGUUUACUUCUCAAAAUGCAAGUCUGACGAAUAGUACUGUACCUCCAUAUGUGCUAAUGUGAGCAUCUCUUCAUGAAUUACCUGCUGCUAUGUUUGUGAAGUUGGGUGUAACAUCUUAAGAAUAUGAAACCAGUAUUGGUGUAAAUCUAAUGAAAUUACCCUAUGUAUAUUUGUAGCAGUCUUGAUUCUCUGUUUAAGGUAAUUUGCUGUAAUAUAACCAAUAUCCAUUCUGUUUCUCAUCCUCUUCUUACCAGUUUUAUAUUGAGCAUGAAUUCUAAUGGUUUGACAGCAAAAUUAUCUGUGGAAGUUUAAAAGGCACUUUUCCGCUGCGAUUUUUAGAUUGAGUGUAGAAUGUUUUGAGUGUAGAGUAUGAUGGGAUGUAUCAUUUUAGAACCCCAGGUUUAAUUCCAGUCCAGUUGCUUUUGUUAAUCUACCUCGUUUUCAGUGCUGUUUGGGGGUGCACAAGUAAACACUGCCUGUGAAACUUGCUUUUUUUUUUUUUUUUGCCUUGAUUCUCAGUAUUCUUUCAGGUUAUUAAUGUAGCCUGCCUCUUUGUCCCAGCGUUAACUCUGAAUUAGUGAUGAGGGGGACUAUCACUCUGCCACCGAUCUGUGUUUAAGUGAUGAGAGCCACAUGCAUCUCUGAAAUAAGCUUUGGGGAUUUGGGAGUGGAGAGCAGAUAAAUAAAUCCAGCUGUGGCAGUAUAGAAAUUAGUUGUAAAAUGAGCAAAUGAUAAGAAAGUACCCAAAUUAGACAGUUCAGUGCCUGUAACUUUGCGUCUUUUAUUAGAGAUGCGUUUCUUAUCUGUGUGCCUAAAGGGCUAUGGGUGAAACUGUUUUAACUAACUACCACAGUGAAAUAGCUUGACAAAUCCUACAUCGGUGGCCUGUCAUUCAGCAUAUUAGCAUCUGCGAGAUAUUUGCAGUAAUGUUUUGUUACCUGGAAAUAGCUGUAUGCUUUCACUUGAAUUGUAGUUGGUGAUAACUUGUUCCAAUCUCUAAAGUUUAUUGGAGGCAUUGACUUUCUUUGCUGUCUUUUCCAAGUGUUGGAAAUGAUGCAUUCCUUUUUCCCCCAAAAAACUCAGCAAAUGUUUGUAAACCACAUGGUCCUUGUUCCACAUGUUUACUGUGUGCAACACUACAGCAUAUUUCAUGGUAGCAAAUACUGUAUUUCAGGCUUUGUGCACAAGUACAUUCCUGAGGUAUAUGUGCCAUUGGUUUGGGAUUCAGUUUUUUCAUCUUUUUGGUUCAGAAAAAUUUGUGGUGACAUGUGGGCCAUUUUCUGGAAUAGAUUGUUCACAUUUCAUUGUUUAUUGAUGAAUUGUUUCCCCACCCGAUGAACCAGAAGGGGCGGGGGACCUAGAAAAGACAAUUAAUUGAUUUGGUAAAUGUAAUUUCUGGGAUUGACAUUGUUUUCUUAAAAAAAAAAAAAAA